AUGGCUUUAUUGUGGGAAGAAAACACCUCUCUUUCUUCUCAAAGUUUAAAUCAAUCAUUAGAAGAAAUGAUAACAGUAGAAGAAACAUCCAUUGAAGAAAUAGUGCUAUUUCUUUCCUCUCAUAGUGUUUAUCAACAUUUUAUGAUGCUUGUUUCUUCAUUAGACAAGUCUCAAAAUUGGUCAGAAGAACAAAUAUAUAAGAUACAAGAAAUAUCUGUAAGAUUUUUUAAAGAACGUCAAAAUUGGUGCAGUGAAUUACUCAAAAGUUGUCAACCAAAAGUCAUUAAUAAAAUUCUUUCUAUCGCAAUGAAAAUUAAUAAUCGACUCAACGGGUAUUGUGAUGAAUUCUUUGAUAUUAAUACGUUCUACAGUUAUGUAUAUUAUCAAAUCUUUUUCUCAAAAGGAAUUAGUUUAGAAAAACAAGUUGAUGCAUUAAAACAAUUCAAAACUAUUAGUCACAUAGAAAAAGGAAUAAAAACAGUUCUACAACAUAAUGAAAUUAUUAAUAAAUAUCAGAUUCUUCUACACUAUUUAGACAAAUGUUCAUUACAAAUGAGAAUAGAUUAUUUAUCAUUCAUUUAUCAAAAAAUUCAAUUCACUGAACAACAAUUUGAAUUAAUGUUACGGGAGUUAUCUUUUAAAAAUUAUCAAAUUGAUAUCUCAUUAUAUUAUGAUAUAUUUAAUCAAGACCAUCUCACUAUUAAUCAGUGUUACUUAAUGCAUCUGGCUCUUCAAUUAUGUCAUUCUCCAAAAGCAAUUCACUUAAUUUCAUUGAUAUUUUCACUUUAUUCAAAUAAAACUUAUGCAACAACAAUUUCUCCUUCUUCUCAGUGGACUUUGACACAAUACAUCAUUUAUAUUAUUCGAUGUCUUCCAUAUUCAACAAAAACAUCAUUACUAUCUAAUGGAGUUAAUUUAAGAAUUUCUUCACCAGUUAAACGAAUACAAAAACUUGCAUUAAUCUUAAUAAAUGAAAUGGAAAUAAGUAAUAAAGAAAAAAGAACAGAUUAUCAAUGGAAUAUCAACUUAUCUAUUGAAGCUGAUGGUAUUGAAGAUAUAAAAGAAAGCAAUAUUCCAAUUGAUGAGAAUAUUCUCUCUACUGAGAAUGAACAACAAGAAGAUAAGAAUAUAAUAAAUAACGUCUCAUCUCAAAUUAAAGGAUUAAAUGAAAAAGAAACCUCUGAACGAAAAGUGAAAAAACCAAAACAUAUUAUUGAAUGGUUAGAAUUGUUUGAUGACUUUACUAAUAGAACAUAUGAAGAAGUAGAAAUGACAUUAAGUAUUGGAGUAGAAUUGAUUAAGAAAUCAAAUAAAUUUGUUGGACCUUACUUAGAGGAGAUUAUAAGAAAGAUAUUAACAAUUAAAAAUAUUUAUCGGAUAGAACAAUUUGAAGAAUGGCAAAUUGCUAUUUUAUAUGAAGUUGUUACCGAUAAAUCAAUAUAUUGUAAAAAAAGAGGAAGUACUAUUUUAAUCGAAAAAAUUUUAGUUGAUAAAGAUAUUGUACUUAAAACAAUGAAAAAAUGUGGUUAUUAUCAGGACUGGAUAGACCCUUUGAGAGAAUAUAUUGUUCAAUGGUGUUAUGAAAAUAAAUUUGAAUAUAAUAUAUGUCAAGCAAUUGAUUAUCUCAAAGACUAUGGCAAUGCCAGUAUUGUAAAUGAUUGGCUUAUUCUCUAUCAAAAUUGUCGUUCAAAUGAUCGGGUAGUUCUUUCAUUACUCUCAGGAUUACUCCAAGUAAUUUCUUUAAUUUCUCCUGACAUAUUCAUAUGGAAUUGUAGUGAUCAAAUCAACAAAGUGCUAAGUCAAUUACAAGUUGAUACAGUAAAUCAUCCAAACAAACAAAUUAGAAUGACAGCAACUGUAUUAAUGGACCAAAUUACUACUAUAGUUACCACAGAAAUAAAGUCUGAAACACAAAAAGAAAUUUUAUUGUUUUAA